AUAUUAAACUACACUUGCCUUUCUAAAAACCCUUUAUUUUUUUUCCCAUCCCUUGAAAUGACAAGUAUUAACCCAUUGAAUGAAAAGGUAUCCAUGAACAACCCAAUGACUACAAACCCAAUGAAUAAUAUGUCAAGUGGAUCUGCUGCCAAUAGGAUGCACCCAAUAAGUAAUCCAACUACAGGCCAUCACAUCAACCCUUUGAAUGCCCAAAUCAAUCCUCAUUCUGUUGUUGAACCAGUGAGUCAUCAUGACAUGAUACCAGCUAGUGUUGUACCUGCUGCUCAUCAUACAGCUCCGAUCAAUCCACGAACAUCAAAUCUAGCAGCUAGGCUUCCACACAGGAGAGGUGAUCAUCAUAUGUUUUUGACAUCUGAUGAUAAUGCUAUGAUGAAGCACAUUGAAGAAACUCAUAUCCCAGAUGGCCGCGACUUUGAUGUCAAGCCUCUUGUUCAUAUUAUUGAGGAUAUUGUGCAUCGCGCUACUCCCAUUGCUGGACAUGUUCAUGAAGCUAAAGUUCAAGCACAUUUGGAAGCAUUGGAAGAGAAGGCUCCCCACAGUGGACUUACUGACAUACUCAACUAUUUGGCAUAUCCUAUUCAUAGAAUUAGUAUGGAGUUGAUAAGCAAAUGUGCUAACAAAGAAGAUGCACACUCAACAACAAUGUCACUGCUUCAUUCACUCACAACCUAUGCCUGGGACACAAAAGUCGCGAUAACAUUCGCGGCUUUUGCCCAGCAAUAUGGUCAAUUUGGUCUGCUUGCUCAUCAGUAUACUACGGAUCCACUGGCUAAGUCUGUUGCAAUCAUCAUGGAACUUCCAGAAAUUAUGAGUCGUCAAGAUGUUCUCAAGCAUAAAUUUGACGCGAUCCAUGAUCUGAUCGACAAAAUGUUGGAUGUAACAAAGUGUAUUAUCGAGUUUAGAGACGUUCAAACGUCUCACAGUCAACAUGUUAUCACACAAGAAUUGGAAAUGUUGAUCAAUACUGCCCAUAUUUCCACUGCUGCUUACUGGACUAUGAGGGCUGCUGUCAUGUGUGCUGCUAUGAUUCUGAAUCUCAUUGCCAUUGGCCACGAGCAAAUUUCUUCAACAUCCGAGUCUUGGGAGUUAUCUAGUUUGACUCACAAGCUUGCAAACAUAUUGGAUCAUCUCAAAAAGGUUCUUAACCUUUGUCACCAAAAGAUUGAGGAGAAGAGGCAACAUGAUGCAUUUGAAGCACUUCUGCGACUCCUCAGGACACCUCACAUUGAUAACAUGAAGAUACUCUCAAUCUUGAUUCACUCCAAGGAUGAUCAACUCCCACUUUUUGAUGGAACUCAUAAGAGAAGGGUAAGUCUUGAUGUUCUAAGGAGGAAGCAUGUUCUACUAUUGAUCUCUGAUCUAGACAUUGCACCCGAAGAACUCUUUAUCCUCCACCACAUGUACACUGAAUCCAAGAUGCAACCAAACAGGCCAGAGAGCAACUAUGAGGUUGUAUGGAUCCCUGUGGUUGACAAGAGGCUAACACCAUGGACUGAAGCAAAACAAAUGAAAUUUGAAGAAGGACAAGCUUCAAUGCCAUGGUACUCAGUGGCACAUCCAUCGAUGAUCGAUCCAGCAGUGAUAAGAUGCAUUAAGGAGGUGUGGGGAUUCAAGAAAAAGCCUCAGCUUGUUGUUCUUGAUCCACAAGGCAAAGAAGCAAACAACAAUGCUUACCAUAUGUUAUGGAUUUGGGGAAGUUUGGCUUUUCCUUUUACUAAAGCUAGGGAGACAGCUCUGUGGAAGGAACAAUCUUGGAAUAUUGAACUCUUAGCUGAUUCCAUUGAUCAAAACAUUUUCACUUGGAUAAGUGAAGGCAAAUGCAUAUGCUUGUACGGAGGAGAAGAUAUUGAAUGGAUCAGAUCAUUCACCUCAUCAACGCGAGCUGUUGCAAAUGCAGCUCGCGUUCCACUAGAGAUGCUCUACGUGGGGAAAAAGAAUCCAAAAGAAAGAGUCCGGAAGAACAGCUCAAUAAUCCAAAUGGAAAACUUGAGCCAUGUGGUGCAAGACCAAACUCUAAUUUGGUUCUUUUGGGAAAGGCUAGAAAGCAUGUGGCACUCUAGGACUCAACAAGACAUCCCCGGUGAAACUGACCCGAUCCUUCAGGAGAUUGUGACGAUUUUGAGCUAUGAAGGAAGUGAUCUUGGAUGGGCUGUAUUCAGCCGCGGAUUGGCUGAGAUGACUAGAGGUAAAGGUGAUCUGAUAGUGCAAGUUAUGAAGGGAUUUGAUCGUUGGAGAAAUGAAGUGAGUGAUAUAACUACAUUUGUUCCUGCAUUGGACCGUCAACUUCGUGAUCUUCAUAGUCCACAUCAUUGUACUCGACUAAUUCUACCGAGUACCUCUGGACAUAUUCCUGAGAGAGUGGUUUGUGCUGAAUGUGGCCGUCCAAUGGAGAAGUUUAUCAUGUAUCGCUGCUGCAUUGAGUGAGGAUUUAUGGUGGAUGAAUGGAGCUCCUAGAGGACUAUAAAUUUGAAUAAAAGGACCAUUUACUAGUCCUCUUGUGAGUAUUAUUAUUGUUCUUACUUUUGCCUUUUUUGAUAUUCAUGUACUUGUUUUGAUAUUUGAGUGUGAGAUGUAAUGCUAUAGGCUAUACAGCCUUGUGCAAUAUUUAGUGAAAAUCAAUAAAAGUAUUUCAUCAUUGAUGGAGUAAGAA